AUGGUCGUAGACUUGCAGCUGAAGUGGGAGAUGAAGGAUCAACAAAAACCAACAUCUGGUGCUAUAACAAUUGGUCGCUUCCAGGCGCCUUGCACCUGGAAGCCUGGAAACCGGGGACUCUGCUCCAUCUGCAACAGACCACUGUCCAUUUGCCUGGCCGCAGGAUUCUGCAUGCAACACCGCUGCUUCGAUUGGCCCCAGCCCCCUCCCUCCCGGCUGCCGGGAGGCGGGGACGCGGCGGUGGCGGCGGCGGCGGCGGCGGCGGCGGCGGCGGCUCGCUCCAGUCGUGCCUCUCCCUCACUCACUGGGGAACCCGGUGCUGGGGCACCGAGCUGUGGAAAUCUGGUUAAGAAAUACUGUCCCAAACACUCAUCCAAAGAUGAAGAGCCAAGGUUUACUUCAUGUAUCGCCUUUUUUAACAUCCUUAAUGAGUUAAACGACUACGCAGGACAGCGAGAGGUAGUUGCAGAAGAAAUGGCACACAGAGUAUAUGGUGAAUUAAUGAGAUAUGCCCAUGAUCUGAAAACUGAAAGAAAAAUGCAUCUCCAAGAAGGACGAAAAGCUCAACAGUACCUUGACAUGUGUUGGAAACAGAUGGAUAAUAGUAAGAAGAAAUUUGAAAGAGAAUGUAAAGAAGCAGAGAAAGCACAACAGAGUUAUGAAAGACUGGAUAAUGACACUAAUGCAACCAAGGCAGAUGUUGAGAAGGCCAAACAGCAGUUGAACCUUCGUACACAUAUGGCUGAUGAGAAUAAAAAUGAAUAUGCUGCACAGCUGCAGAAUUUUAAUGGCGAACAGCACAAACAUUUUUAUGUGGUAAUCCCUCAGAUUUACAAGCAACUACAAGAAAUGGAUGAACGAAGGACAAUUAAACUCAGUGAAUGUUACAGAGGAUUUGCAGACUCAGAACGCAAAGUUAUUCCUAUCAUCUCAAAGUGUUUGGAAGGGAUGAUUCUUGCAGCAAAAUCAGUUGAUGAAAGAAGAGAUUCUCAAAUGGUAGUAGACUCCUUCAAAUCUGGCUUUGAACCUCCAGGAGACUUUCCAUUUGAAGAUUACAGUCAGCAUAUUUACAGAACCAUUUCUGAUGGGACCAUCAGUGCAUCCAAACAGGAGGGUGGCAAGAUGGAUGCCAAGUCCACAGUAGGGAAGGCCAAGGGCAAACUGUGGCUCUUUGGGAAGAAGCCAAAGGGCCCAGCACUAGAAGAUUUCAGUCAUUUGCCACCAGAGCAGAGGCGUAAGAAAUUACAGCAGCGCAUCGAUGAGCUUAACCUAGGGCUGCAGAAAGAGUUGGACCAAAAAGAAGCACUCAACAAAAUGAAGGAUGUAUAUGAGAAAAAUCCACAAAUGGGGGAUCCAGGAAGUUUGCAGCCUAAAUUAGCAGAGACCAUGAAUAACAUUGACCGCUUACGGAUGGAAAUCCACAAGAAUGAGGCAUGGCUCUCUGAAGUUGAAGGCAAAACAGGUGGGAGAGGAGACCGAAGACACAGUAGUGACAUCAAUCAUCUUGUGACACAGGGGAGAGAGAGUCCUGAGGGAAGUUACACCGAUGAUGCAAACCAAGAAGUCCGUGGGCCACCACAACAGCAUGGCCACCACAGCGAAUUUGAUGAUGAGUUCGAAGAUGAUGACCCCUUGCCUGCUAUUGGACACUGCAAAGCUAUCUACCCCUUUGAUGGGCAUAAUGAAGGUACUCUGGCAAUGAAAGAAGGUGAAGUUCUGUACAUUAUUGAGAAGGACAAAGGUGAUGGAUGGACAAGAGCCCGGAGACAGAAUGGCGAAGAAGGCUACGUUCCCACGACAUACAUAGAUGUAACUCUAGAGAAAAACAGUAAAGGUGCAGUAACUUAUAUCUAAACUAACCAGGCAUCUUUGUGCCAUGUAUAACAUAAAAUGACAACACAUUCCACAGGUCAGAAAAACCAAAAGUCAAGGGCAUCCGAUCUGUUGUUCACUAUGUGAGCUGAGUGCAGGCCUGGUCAGAGAGAGGUGACUAUCGCCACAAGAGACUCUCUUUGACGCCUUACUGUUCAAGUGAUGUCUGUGUGGAAGCUUAUCUGAUGCCUUUUGCUUUCUGUCCUGCCUAAGUGUGUGUAAAGGAUGUGUGCUUUUCUGCCUUAUAAAUAAUAGAUUUGCUUAUUAGGCAAGAAUCAUAGGUAGAAUGUUCCCUGACCCCUUCACUUCAGAAACAACAGUGAUUGUUGAAUUGAAAUAAACAAACCUGUUCUGA